CCCUUGGCCGCGCUGAGGAGGGGGAGCGGCAGCGGGGCGGUGCGAGGCCGAGCUGCGGGGAUCGGAGUGUUCCGGGAGGAGCCCGGCACCUGUCCCGUCGGUGGAGUCUGUUGCUGUGCUCGCCGCCAGGUGUGCGCUGAACCGCACAUCGCCGUGCCCUGCCUGCUGCCGGGGUGGGCGCCAUGGGAGGCCCCGCGCCGUGCGGGGAGGGUGCUCGGCGGGUGGUGGCAGCCCCAUUUCACCUCCGUUGAACCCGCCGCUCCUCCGCUGGGACCGGAGAGCGACAUGGACUGCCCGCCGCAGCUGCCAGCCGCCUCCUAGUCCCGCAGCGGCAGCUGUGGGGCGGGUUGGGCAUGGCCCAGCAUGAAGAGAGCGACGGAGGGCAGCACUACCCCGUUACCAGUUGGGCCAAGACAACUGAUGUAAAUUUAUCCAACUCUUUAAACGGUUUGAGCUUCAUGGGAAUUCUGGACACAAGAGUGAGCAGUGGCAUCCAAGGCCUUCACAACUUGAACUCUGGGACCCCAAGAUCUCUCUCAUUGCCUGAGUAUGGGCCUGGUCAGCUGUCCAGUGCUUUAGAAGACUAUCAUAGCCUUAAAUCAGUGGAUUCUGGGAUUCCAACUCUAGAAAUAGGAAAUCCAGAGCCUGUUCACUGCAGUGUGUUAAAUGUGAAGAGAAAGCAGUCGGAACCUGAAAUUGUGCCUGACAGGGGUUUUCAGAGCGCAUGCACACUGCCAUCCUAUGUGCCUCCACAUUCGCUGACUGCUGAACAUGACCAUGCUGUGCGAAAAUCCUCUACUUUCCCCAGAACUGGGUAUGACACCGUCAAACUUUACAGUCCAACUUCGAAAACUCUGAAUCGCAGUGAUGAUAUCUCUGUCUGUAGUGUUUCUAGUCUUAGCACAGAACUGUCAGCAACUUUAUCAGUUAGCAACGAAGACAUUUUGGACUUUAUGGUCACCAGCAGUUCAAGUGCAAUUGUGAAUCUUGAGACUGAUGAGGCGCACUUCUCAGAUGUUACCCUGAAUUCCAGUAAAGAGACCAGUGAUCAGAGCCAGCAGGAGUUCUGUCAUGAGACGGAUGUGGAUAGUAAACGAAAAAUACUGGGACCUUUUACAAACUUCUUUGCCAGGAAUUUGUUCACCAGAAAGCCAAGUGCAAGAUUUGAAAAGCAAAAUGAUGUGGGAUGGAAGUUGUUUGGAAAAGUACCUCUCAGAGAAAACUCACAGAAAGAUCCAAAGAAAAUGCAAAAGGAAUAUGAAGAAAAAACUGGACGAGCUCACAAACCGCUCUCUCCUAAACAGAAUGUGAGGAAGAAUCUUGAUUUUGAACCACUCUCCACUACAGCACUUAUUUUAGAGGACAGACCAGCGAACCUCCCUGCAAAACCUGCAGAAGAAGCUCAGAAACACAGGCAGCAGUACGAAGAAAUGGUGGUUCAAGCAAAAAAAAGAGAGCUUAAAGAAGCCCAGAAGAGAAAGAAACAACUGGAAGAACGCUGUAAACUGGAAGAGAGCAUUGGCAAUGCUGUUCUAACUUGGAACAAUGAAAUCUUGCCCAACUGGGAAACUAUGUGUUGUUCCCGUAAAGUGCGAGAGCUGUGGUGGCAGGGCAUUCCACCCAGCGUGAGAGGCAAAGUCUGGAGCCUGGCAAUUGGCAACGAGUUAAACAUCACCCAUGAGCUGUAUGAUAUUUGCUUGGCUCGUGCCAAAGAGAAAUGGCGAUCGCUUAGCACAGGAGGGGCUGAAGUAGAAGGUGAAGAUACUGGAUUUUCUGCAGCUGACAGAGAAGCAAGCUUGGAGUUAAUAAAACUGGAUAUCUCAAGGACGUUUCCUAAUCUCUGUAUAUUUCAGCAAGGUGGUCCUUACCAUGACACGUUGCACAGUAUUUUAGGAGCCUAUACUUGUUACAGACCUGAUGUAGGCUACGUACAGGGCAUGUCGUUCAUAGCAGCAGUAUUGAUCUUGAACUUGGAUACUGCAGAUGCCUUCAUUGCUUUUUCUAACCUUCUGAAUAAACCCUGUCAGAUGGCGUUUUUCCGUGUGGACCAUGGCCUUAUGUUGACUUACUUUGCCGCAUUUGAGGUAUUCUUUGAAGAAAAUCUGCCAAAGUUAUUUGCUCACUUCAAAAAAAAUAACUUGACUCCAGACAUCUAUCUGAUUGAUUGGAUAUUCACAUUGUACAGCAAAUCUUUGCCACUAGACCUGGCAUGUCGUGUCUGGGAUGUGUUCUGCCGUGAUGGAGAAGAGUUCUUAUUCCGUACAGCACUGGGAAUAUUGAAACUUUUUGAAGAUAUUUUGACCAAAAUGGACUUCAUUCAUAUAGCCCAGUUUUUAACAAAGCUACCAGAGGACUUGCCUUCAGAAGAAUUCUUCACAUCUAUUGCUGCCAUUCAGAUGCAAAGUAGAAACAAAAAGUGGGCUCAGAUCCUGGCUGCUCUGCAGAAAGAUAACCGGGAAAUGGAGAGAGGAAGUCCCUCACUCAAACAUUAAAAACGUGGCUGUCCACAGUGAAAGGAGCUACAGUAGCAGAAGUAUUGAGUAAUGUCUGACAUACGUGAGCCUGCAACGUGAAGUGUUAUUUCAGCGUUUUGUUUAGUAGUAGAAUAGCCUUAAAGAGAAGAGAGGAAACAAGAGAAGGGGAGGGACGGGAAGGAAAUUGAGGGAUAAAAACCUUAUAAAUUAAACCUAGGAUUAGCCUUAAACUUUUAGUGGAAUGAACAUUUGCUGUGGACAGCGCUAUACAUUCUGAUCUUCUGAUGAGGGCAGUGAAGCUUAAACAGUGUCAUUUUAUGAUUUUUUUUUUUCUUUGAUGUUUUAAAAGACUGGGCAUUCAGCAAUGCUGGUUGCUUUGAAUGCUAUUCCCCAAUUUCAGUCUUGGGCAGGAUAUAUUUCUGUAUCUCCUAUACCUGUAACAGUAGCUGGAUCUGGAUUUUAAAUAACUGGUGCUGGAAUUUAUAGUUAAAUGAUGUAAAGACCAUUUGUUUAGAACUGCUUCUUGUUUUAUAGGCUGUGGGUCCCAUUUACCAAAGAAAUCAUGUAGAUGUAGAACUACAUUCCAUUCUUUAGUAAGAAAAUGUUAAGUAGAAAGUAAACUUGGAAGAGAAGUCACACUAGCAGUGCAAAGCCAAUUAUUCUCCAAGAUGUCUCAGAAAUAUAUUUUUCCAGUCUAGAUGCAUAGCCAUUAAUCAGACUAGAUUCCAAACUCACUGUGGGGCUUCAAGUAUUAAGCUGGCAUCAUUUCCCAAUCAUACUACUAAGUGUAUGUCUCCAUGUGUCUCUCUUCUGGGGCUGUUUCACGGUAUUCUUGCCUACCACAUACUUACUCCUGUGCCAUCUCUCCAAUCAUGCUGAUAAAACAGUGGGCUGAGCAGAUGAACUGAGAAAUGGUUAAAAGUAAGUUUCAUGCUUAUCUAAACCCAGCUCUGCUCACUGGCAAAACCAAGGAGGAAGGGUUUAAGGGAGAAGUUGUGUAAGCCAGCUUUGCUGCUGCAAAGAAAGGCUCUGUAGGAUCUACUGAAGCUGCUGCUACCGCCACAGUGAGAAAGCGUUAUGUGGACCUGAUCUGUGUGUAGUGACAAGCGACAGACGUUUAUUGGGGAAUGUGCCAGACAAAUACCAUCAGGAAAAGUACAAGCUGUCACUUCCUAGCAUUUUAUCCAGCCUCUCAGACAUGGGAGCAAGUUACAGAGGCAGCAAACUGCAUUAUGGUUAUACAGCUUAGCUCCCCUCUGCAUUCACAUGGAUGUCAGACUGUAAAUCAUGAGUGCCUCUGAUUUACAGGAAUGUUUAUUGUAUAGUGAAAAAUCUGUUUUAUAAUUAAUGACGAUCAUUGAAAAGGGAAACUAACUGGAGCAAUAUUUAUGUUAACUGUAAACAGGGGUUACUAAAUCCUCUAGCUGUAUGGUCAGCAGUUUCCCAAUGCUCUUCAGUCUGUUUUACACUGAUAUUUCGGCAUUGUGUGAAUGAAAAUAGAAUAAUAGUUGCACACUGCUCAACUCAUCAUGUAAAGGACAGUGGGACAUAAUGAAACUACUGUCGUUCGGUAUAAGCAUUGUUUCUGCGAGGGAUAGCCUGAUAGUAAUAUGAAAAAGAGGGAAAGCAAGAUUCCCUGGUAAGUGAGGUCUCAUAAUCACUUUGAACAAUGUGUCACGCAAAUGCAGCUUGACAGUCUGAUACCUCACUGGCCUCUUUUUCCUGUCCCCUUUGUGUACCUGGCAUAAUGGAUGUGGGUUUUUCUUGGCCAUCUUAAUUCCUCCAUAAGACUUCUCUUAGGUCAUCACUUACUAAAAAUAGACAUCAAGGUGUUGCUGUGAAACACAUGUUAGUUCUCCCGGAAUUUGUAUAGCUUUGGUCCUUCAGUGACCAGUACUUGUAUGCUACAUUGCUUCGAAGUGCAAUAAGAAAGCUGGACGGUCAGUAAGUGUUUUUUAAUGUUACUUUUUCUAUUACUACAACAAAUACGCCUUUCCAUGAAGGAUAUGAGAGGCCUACCACCUGAAACACUUGCACUAUGCUUGUAAAUGGUUUCCUCAACACAGACACAACUUUUUCCUCAGUCUACAUUUUUAGGUGGUACUGUAACUGGCUUUGUGAUUUAAGUCUUCAUUGCAACUAGGUUUAUAUUUCCUUUUAAAGGUAGUCUACAAGUGUGGCUCAUUUGUCCGGUUAAAAUGCAUUCUUUAGCUCCUAGGUAUCUUUGCAGCCAUUGACAGCCUGUUCUCCUUUUUCUCUUCUCAAAAAGAUGUUGAAUGUAACAGUGAAAAUGGGCAUAGCUGUGGGGAAAAAGGCCUGCUGCAACACUUGUGCACUGUUUGUUACUUGCUAAUGUAAUUAUUUUUGGUUUGUGAUUUGGUCUUUCUGUUCUUAGAAGAUGUAUAUAUUUUCUAAAUGAUUUCUUUGUGUAUAUAAGGUAUGUUCUUUAAUGAAGAAAAGCAAUGCAAUAAGGAGCUUUGCACAGUUCGUUUUCAAACUAAAUACAUUUGAAAAAGCAAUCACCUGCCUAAAGAUGCCAUUGUUGCAACUUCUCAGCAACUUGAUUUGAAGGUAACGCUUGAAUUUUGAUAAAACCAGAGAUGAGUAGUGAGGGCAUAGACUUGCCACUGAGCUUUUCAAGUCUCUUGCAGCAUACCAAAUCUCUUCAUUAGCUAUUAAGGAAGAAUUCUGUAAUAAAUUCAGGGAUUGCAUUAAAAAAAAAUGACAAUUUUAUUGUUCAGGUGCUUGAGGGUAUCUGUAACAAGAUGCAUGAGAUUUUCUUUCACUGAGUAAGUGUCCCUGUCAAGCAAACUUUCUUGUCUUAAUGGGUUUGAGGGAAAAUAAAAAUGCUGCAGUACAUCAGGAGUCUGCAAAUAUCUGCAAGUACAUGCAGCAGAUCAGAGAAACCAGAAAUCUUCAACCAGGUUUGGAAUUGUGUACAACCUGCACUUUAUAAUAAAGCCGUUUUGCAACUUCAGUCAGCAAUCAAUCAUUGACAUUACUUCAUUGAGUAAAGAAUUUCCUUUUUUUACAAAAAGGUACCUUCUAACAGCUUAUUUUUGAAUUAUUUGAAACCUGGAAUGACACGUAGAGAACUGUUGAUACAUCUCCUGUACAUCAUAUUUAAAUCGGUUUUAUGUAGUUAAGUUUGUUUCAGUUAGAUAUGUGUAUCAAGCUGGAACUUUUUUCAACUGUAAAUAUAUGGUUUUGUUAAAUAAAGUCAUGCAAAGUUA